GAAGAAAUCACUUCUCGAGAUACCACGCUAUAAAGUUCUUGUGUAACGACACGGACUACGUAAACGAAAAUUGCCCGCAAACAAAGCAAUUCGCGUCAUGGGUAACCGGAGUUCAUCCGAAGAUGAAGGCGGUUCUUGGCUGAGAACGCUAAAAAAUAGCACUAGUACCAGCACUCAAGAUCGGAAGAGGCUUUGGGAUAUUCAACUAACAUGGGACGAGAGGCUGAUUUUAUGGAUACUGAACAAAGGAGUCGUGCCACGUCAUGUUGCUCUUGUGCCUGAUGGAAAUCGGCGUUACGCAAAACUCAACGAAUUAGAACUUCACUCCGCCUAUGAUGUCAUGUUUGAAAAGACAACGUUGAUGUGUCAAUACAUGGUGAAACUUGGAGUGGAGGAUAUCUCGUAUGGUAUUUUGAGCAUUCGGAACUUCUACCGCGAUGCUUCUGAAGUCAAUGCCGUUUUGUCUGCAAUGGCGAAUUUUUACAGGACAGCGCUCUGUAACACGAACUCACUUCAGCGAAUUAAUCUGCUUGUUAGCACGAUAGGUGAUAUGAACAUGCAUCCCGAAGAACUGCAGUCGGAUAUGGCGCAAGUGGAAAUUGUCACUGCUAAUGAAGGCUGGACAAGAAAAUGCCGGCUGUUCUCAGCUUAUACCAGCAGAUCCGAGCUCACGAAGGUCAUAGUACAUAUGACAAACGCUGUAAGGAUUGAUUUCAUGAAAUCUGAGGACAUUACGGUGGAACUCAUUCAAAAUAUGUUGACUCUGAGUGAGACUCCAGAGACGGAGCUGUGGUUUCGAAGCACGGGUCGACAAUGCUUUGUGGAAUUCGUAGUCUUCCAGAGUGGAUAUUCUUAUAUGCACAUAGAACCACAACUUUGGCCCUCUGUAGGAUUCCGGAGGUUUGUCCAAGCGAUAUUACAAUUUCAGCUUCAUUGGCCACAUAUUAAGGUCGUCAAGGAAAGACACCAAAAGACGUUUUCUUCAUCCCAUGAUAUGGAUCCACAUAAAAUAUUUCGACAACGCAUGUUUCUAAGAAGCUUGAAGUUGUGGAGGAGGCGAAACAUUGAGGAAUUGCUCUCUUUAAAGUGCACUCAGAAAAAAAAAAAGACUGUAGUGCCAAGAAUGAUUCGUGAAAUUUUCAAAAACCAGUUUUGUUCCUAAUUGCCUUGCUCGGCAUGCUCAAUUUAUAGCGGUAUUUUUCAUGCAAAUUACACUGCAAACUCAAUUAUCUAAGCAAACGCAUCACUAACCUGUUUGAAGUUUUCCAACAAUGAUGCAUUAAACUAGAGUGAAUAUA